ACCCUAUCCCGCACGCCCCCCACCCACAAGCUAACCUAACGGAGAUUGUUUUCCUCUCUCGGGGAAGAUUUUUUUUUUUCCUUCCUCACUUUGCCGCUCCAUAUCUCCCAUUAUUUUUUUUAAUGUAUUUAUUUAUUUAUUUUGUAAUACCCACCCGUAACGAGUCGUGUUUGUCCGCCGAUCGCUUCGGAGCGCACCCCGACGAGAGGCAGCGCGGUUAAAACCACCCGGCGAACGGAUUACUGUAGCACCGUCGGCGAACUUAAAGGAGAGACGGUCUCGCAGCGCCUUCAAGAAUGAGUUCAUGAUGAAGCGGCGUCUGGAGGAUCAGGAAACGGUUUUUGCGUCCCAGCAGCGGCGCCUCCCCGGCAGCGCCGAGACCUUCCAGCAUCGCGUCCUGGCUCCGGCACCGCCUCCGCCGUCGUCGGCGGUGUACGAGGCCGCGGCCGACAGCAUGCAGCCCACCGCGGGCAUCCAGUACUCUGUGCCGCAGGGAUACCAGGUUCCCACGGUGGCCCAGAACAGCGGAGGCCACGGCCACACGCCGAGCCCAGCCGUCCACGGGGGGGCGCACCACCACAGCCCCGCCGCCGUCCAAUCCCACGGGCCCCCGGUGAUCCCGUCGCACAGCCACACGACCGCGCCGCAGGGCUCGGCGCAGGGCCAGCAGCAGUUCCAGCGGCUCAAGACCUGUAACAACUAUUCAGCGCGAUGGUGCGAAAACAAUGUAGAGGACGCGUUGUCCUACUUGGACCAGGUGAAACUGCAGUUCGGGAACCAGCCUCAGGUUUACAACGAUUUCCUGGACAUCAUGAAAGAGUUCAAGUCUCAAAGCAUUGACACCCCCGGAGUCAUCAACCGCGUGUCGCAGCUGUUCAAAGGACACCCCGACCUCAUCAUGGGCUUCAACACCUUCCUGCCGCCCGGCUACAAAAUCGAGGUGCAGACCAACGACCUGGUCAACGUGACAACGCCCGGCCAGAUCCACCACAUCACCCCGCACGGCAUUUCGGUGCAGAACAUCCCCAUCACGGGAGCGCCGGGGGCCCAGCACCCCGCCCAGGCGCCACCCGCCGCCAGCACCAGCGCACCGGCCCUCCUCACCCAGCCCGUCCCCGCCAAGAUGAGCAAACCCCUUCAGCCGCAGGCGUCCACGCCGGGCAGCCAGAGCAACCCGUCCAUCCCGGCGUACACCGCGCCGCGCUCCCCGCCCGUGCCCCUCCACCCGCCCCUCGGCGGGAUGUCCGCCGGUUUGCCAGCGCAGAACAACCAGCCGGUGGAGUUCAACCACGCCAUCAACUACGUCAAUAAGAUCAAGAACCGCUUUCAGGGCCAGCCCAACAUCUACAAAGCUUUCUUGGAGAUCCUGCACACGUACCAGAAGGAGCAACGGAACGCAAAGGAGGCUGGAGGCAACUACACCCCGGCUCUGACGGAGCAGGAGGUGUACGCUCAGGUGGCCCGGCUCUUCAAGAACCAAGAGGACCUGCUCUCUGAGUUCGGACAGUUCCUUCCAGAUGCCAACAGUUCAGUGCUGCUGAGCAAGACGACAGCCGAGAAAGCCGAGUCGGUACGGAACGAUCAUGGCGGCACCGCCAAGAAGCUGCUGCUCAACAACAAGCAGAGGCCCAAUCAGAACGGCUGCCAGAUCCGCCGGCAUCCUACUCCCGGAGCCACGCCCCCCAUCAAGAAAAAGCUCAAGUUACUGAAUUUGAAAGAUUCGUCCAUGACCGAGGCCAGCAAGCAUGGGGUCGGAACCGAGUCGCUGUUCUUUGAGAAGGUGCGCAAAGCCUUGCGGAGUCCGGAGGCCUAUGACAACUUCCUGCGCUGCCUGGUCAUCUUUAAUCAGGAGGUGAUCUCCCGGGCUGAGCUGGUGCAGCUGGUGGUGCCCUUCUUAGGGAAAUUCCCGGAGCUUUUCACCUGGUUCAAAAACUUCAUGGGGUAUCGGGAAAUGUCCCACAUAGAGGCCUACCCGAAGGAGCGGGCCACUGAGGGCAUCGCCAUGGAGAUUGACUACGCUUCAUGCAAGAGGCUUGGCUCCAGUUACAGGGCGCUGCCCAAAAGCUACCAGCAGCCCAAAUGCACUGGGAGGACUCCGCUUUGUAAAGAGGUGCUAAACGACACCUGGGUGUCCUUGCCCUCCUGGUCUGAGGACUCCACCUUUGUUAGUUCCAAGAAGACGCAGUACGAAGAGCACAUCUACAGGUGUGAGGACGAGCGCUUUGAGUUGGACGUGGUGCUGGAAACCAACCUGGCGACCAUCCGGGUCCUGGAGACCGUACAGCGCAAGAUAUCGCGGAUGUCGGCAGAGGAGCAGGCCAAAUUCCGCUUAGACAACACGCUGGGCGGCUCCUCGGAGGUGGUGCACCGGAAAGCCAUCCAGAGGAUAUACGGCGAUAAAGCCUCGGACAUUAUUGACGGCCUAAAGAAGAACCCGGCCGUUUCCGUACCCAUCGUGUUAAAGAGGCUAAAGACCAAGGAGGAGGAGUGGCGGGAAGCACAGCGAAGUUUUAACAAGAUCUGGCGGGAGCAGAACGAGAAGUAUUACCUCAAGUCUCUGGACCAUCAGGGAAUUAACUUCAAGCAAAAUGACACCAAAGUGCUGCGCUCCAAGUCCCUGCUCAAUGAAAUUGAAAGCAUCUACGAUGAACGCCAAGAGCAGGCGUCUGAGGAGAACGCAAGCCCACCCUCAGGGCCCCACCUGACCCGAGCGUACGAGGACCGGCAGAUCCUGGAAGACGCGGCGGCCCUCAUCAUCCACCACGUCAAGCGUCAGACUGGCAUUCAGAAGGAGGACAAGUACAAGAUCAAGCAGAUCAUGUACCACUUCGUUCCCGACUUGCUGUUCGCGCAGCGCGGCGAGCUCUCUGACGUGGAGGAGGAAGAGGAGGGAGAGGAUGAGGAGAUGGACGUGCAAGAGAGCGUUUCCUCCAAGAAGCACAACGGCAUCCCAGGGGGAGGAGGUGGCAGCCCCUCGAAGUCCAAGCUGCUGUUCAGCAACACGGCGGCACAGAAGCUGCGUAGCUGCGACGAUGCCUACAACCUCUUCUACGUGAACAACAACUGGUACAUUUUCCUGCGGCUGCACCACACGCUGUGCUCGCGACUCCUGCGCCUCUACUGGCAGGCGGAGCGGCAGAUUGAGGAGGACGUGCGGGAAAGAGAUUGGGACCGCGAGGUGCUCGGACUCCGGAAGGAGAAGAACGAUAACCCGGCCAUCCAGCUGAGACUCAAGGAGCCCAUGGACAUCGACGUGGAGGUUUACUACUCGGCCUUCCUGGAGAUGGUUCGCAACCUGUUGGACGGCAACAUGGAGUCGUCGCAGUACGAGGACUCGCUAAGGGAAAUGUUCACCAUUCACGCGUACAUCGCCUUCACCAUGGAUAAGCUCAUUCAGAGCAUCGUCCGGCAGCUCCAGCACAUCGUGAGUGACGAGAUCUGCGUCCAGGUGACGGAUUUGUACUUGGCUGAGAGCGCGAACGGAGCCUGCGGGGGAUCCAUGUCCACGUUGUCUUCCAGGAGCUCCUUGGAGGGCGCCUACCAACGUAAAGCGGAACAGCUCAUGUCUGAUGAGAACUGCUUUAAGGUGAUGUUCGUAAGGAACAGAGGCCUGGUGCAGCUGACGUUAGAGUUGCUCGACACUGAGGAGGAGAACUCUGACGAGCCCCUGGAGGCUGAGCGGUGGUCGGAUUACGUCGGACGUUACUUGAACCUGGACACCACCACUCCCGAGCUGAGGGAGCAUCUGGCUCAGAAGCCCGUCUUUCUCCCCAGGAAUCUGCGGCGGAUCCGGAAGUACCAGAAGUGUCAUGAGCAGCUGGACAAGGAGGCCGGCGAGGGAGGCAAAAAGUCGCUGGACAAGGAAAAGAUGGAGUGCAUGUUCAAGCUCAACUCCUACAAGAUGGUGUACGUCUUCAAGUCAGAGGACUACAUGUAUCGGCGGACUGCGCUGAUGCGCGCGCACCAGUCCCACGAGCACGUGAGCACACGCCUCCACAAGCGCUUCCAGGCGUGGCUGGCGGCGUGGGCCGCGGAGCACGUGACCGCCGACAUGGCCGCCGAAACCGACAAGUGGCUGAUGGGCGAGGGUCGCGACGGACUUUUGCCCUGCAGCACCUCGCGCCAGCCCGAGGUCCUCCACUUCCACAACAUCAGCAAAUACCGCGUCAAGUACAACCCGUAGUGAGCGGCUCCAGGUCAGGAAGCCAUUUUGUUUUUAAGGCGCUUUGUGUGUGUGUGUGUGUGUGUGUGUGUGUGUGUGUGUUGCUCUGGCGGUGGCGAGGUUACACUUUGUUUACCAGCGUUUUUAGCUGGGACCACCCCAUACUCACCCCCCAGUAAGGCUGCCAAAACUCGGGAAUGGUCUCGUCCCACUCACCAGCAUCGCCGCUUUUUCUACAGUGAACAAUGCUUUACCAUUCCACCGUCCACAAAAUCCCACUCCGAGGUGGGGGGGGGGGUUUCUUUAAGAUAGCUGGGACAUCCUGGACAAGUGCACUUAUUGGGGGGGGGGGGGGACAAGAAACAGCUUCCCAGAUUCUUGGAUGGGGAUGAACGCCCAAUUACAACUCACUUCCGGUUUUAGGUCAAGCCCCGCAAACAAUGUGGCCAGGCGGCGAACGCGGCGCCUCGCAACACCGUUUGGACUCAAAAGUGCACCGUUCUAAAAGCUUGUCACGUCCGUGUUGUACAUAUAUACAUAUAUAAUAUAUAUAGCUCUAUUAACAGAUCAUCCUCGCCGCCCUGGAAGACAACUUUUUAAAAAAUAAAAUAAUUUAGAAAAAAAAGCCCACCACUAGUGCUGAAACACACACACUUUGUAAAUACACUGUACAUAGUCUGAGACUUUUUAUGAUUGUGUUGUUGUGUUAGUAGAACUUUCCAUGCUGUUAGAAUGUAAAGGAAACAAAAAGAACAGAAAAGAAAGAUGGAAAAAAGACAUUUAUUACAGUUUUUACCAAAGGGACUUGAUGAUACAAAUUAGCUGUUUUUCUCCAACCUUGCACCAGACCCCCAGGAACCCCCCCCCUUCCCCCAAUCUGUGUUCUGUUUUCUUGUGUCGUUACAUCUUUAUUACUUACAUAGUUUGGGGGGGGGGAAUGUGAAAAAGUAGAAUUGUAUCCAGGUUUUUCUCUUUUUAUAAAUGACAAAUAUUUUGUUUUUCAAUGUCAUUGGAGAAAAUCGAAAGAAAAGCACUGCGACCAUCAGACCUUUACCCCUUUAAAGCCCCCACCCCCCUCCCACCCUGGAUAAAUUUCUGCUGCAC